AUGGAACAAACACAAGAUUAUCAAAAUUUAAUUUAUGCAAAUGAAAUUUUACAACGACAAAAAGAUCAAGUUGUUAAAGAUAUCAAGGAUUUAAAAGAACGAAUUGAAUUAGAAAAUAAGGGAGAAGAAUUUAUUGAUCAAUUAUAUGUGUCUCAUCAAACAGUGCAACCGGUUCCAAAUAUUAAUUUUUCCAAAUAUUUACAAUUCUGUCAGGAUAACCACAUUGAAUUAUCUAAAGAGCUGAUAUAUGCUUUAGAAAAAGAAGAUGAAACAAAACAAAGUGAGGAAUACAAAGAGUUGGAACGAUUACUAUCUAAGAAAUAA